CAAAGAUAGUUUUAUCCAGUGGCCUAAGCAUACACAGGAAACUCAACUUCGUGAGCUGAUGACUUUUAUCGAUUAAGUAUCAUGGUUGAUAGCGCUGAAAGUAGACUUCCUUCUGUUAUGAACAUUAGGGACCUAAAACCAGGCGCAAAGAAUCUGCAUUUGGUUUUUGUUGUCCUUGAUAUUGGUAAACCAACAAAAACAAAGGAUGGGCAUGAAGUUCGUUCUUGUAAGGUUGCAGACAGAACAGGAUCAAUAAAUGCAUCAAUAUGGGAUGAUUUUGGUGUGCACCUACAGGCUGGUGAUAUCAUUAGAUUUUGUAAAGGAUAUGCACAAGUGUGGAAAAACCAGCUAACAAUUUACACUGGAAGGACUGGAUAUCUUGAAAAAAUUGGGGAGUUCUGCAUGCUUUUUUCUGAAUACCCAAACAUGAGUGAUAUUAAUCCAGAGUUUAUAAAUAUUGCCAAACAGAAUCUGGGUGAUAAACAUCAAACGAAUGUUGAGGCAUCAAGCAACACAAUACAGGCUGAACCGAGUCCAGUGUCUCAAUCCGCAAUGCUACCCCAACAUAUAGCUCCGUCUUCUGGACGUUAUCACCCAUACCAACGCGAAAACAGUCAUCCAGGCGUAAUCAAAAGUGAUAGUAGAGCAGACCCGAGACUGCUGCGAAAACAGGGCACUAAUGGAGCCAAAGAGAAGCCAAAAGACCCCCGAUUAGCUCAACAAAUCGCAGCUCAAACCCCACCUCGACCGCCAGUUGUUGCAAAUCUAGUAAAUACGAACCGUGAUCCACGACAGAGGAGAUAAGACAGGUAUUCUAGGCUAAUCAAAGCGGAUUUUUACUGCCUUCUGAACCCUAGUAUGGUCUUUGAGGGGGUCAAUCGGGACGGACUGGCCUCACAACCGAAUAUUUCAUAGCCUUGUCUUUCGAAUUGAAUUGCAUCGAAAGUUGAAUUCACACUGAAAUUCUACGGAAUAUCCGUCGGAUGUAGAUUGAACCCAAGAAAACUGUGGUGAUAUCUGACUAAGUGUUGCUAUUAAAGGCAACUAAAGCAUCUGCCCUAUCUUUUAAUUGAAUUCAGUUUUUCCCCGCCAAUUGAGCGUGGUCUCAGGUUUCUAAGCAUUUCAUUACGCGAUAAAAGUCGUAAGAUC